AUGCCUGAGUCUGAGGAUGCACAGCCUGAGGAUGCACAGUCUGAGAAUGCACAGUCUGAGGAUGCACAGCCUGAGGAUGCACAGCCUGAGGAUGCACAGCCUAAGGAUGCACAGUCUGAGGAUGUACAGCCUGAGGAUGCACAGCCUGAGAGUGUACAGUCUGAGGAUGCACAGCCUGAGGAUGCACAGUCUGAGAAUGCACAGCCUGAGGAUGCGCAGCCUGAGGAUGCACAGCCUGAGAGUGCACAGUCUGAGGAUUUACAGUCUGAGUGUGCACAGUCUGAGGAUUUACAGUCUGAGAGUGCACAGUCUGAGGAUUUACAGUCUGAGAGUGCACAGUCUGAGGAUUCACAGCCUGAGAGUGCACAGUCUGAGAGUGCACAGUUUGAGGAUUUACAGUCUGAGGAUGUACAGCCUGAGGAUGCACAGUCUGAGGAUGCACAGCCUGAAGAUGCACAGUCUGAGAAUGCACAGCCUGAGGAUGCACAGCCUGAGGGUGCACAGUCUGAGAGUGCACAGUCUGAGGAUGCACAGUCUGAGAGUGCACAGCCUGAGGAUGCACAGUCUGAGGAUGCACAGUCUGAGAGUGCACAGUCUGAGGAUUUACAGCCAGAGGAUGCACAGUCUGAGGAUUCACAGUCUGAGAGUGCACAGUCUGAGGGUGCACAGUCUGAGGAUGCAGUCUACAAUGGUGAGGAAGUCAUCAUGGCAGCAGUGUAA